AUGCCAGCCGACAAUCACACCUUUUUUGCACCGGAAAUCUUCAUCCUGACCGGCAUCCCUGGUACAGAGGAAUCUUAUGUCUGGCUCUUCUUCACCUUCUGUCUGAUGUACCUUACUGCUCUUGUGGGGAACACUCUCCUCCUGUUCAUCAUAGCGACAGAACGAAGCCUCCAUGAGCCCAUGUACCUUUUCCUCUCCAUGCUGGCUGCUGCUGAUCUGCUGUUGUCGACCACCACAGUGCCCAAGAUGCUGGACUUGUUCUGGUUCAGAAAAGGGGAAAUUUCUUUUGCUGCCUGCCUCACCCAGAUGUUCUUCAUCUAUGUCAGUUUUACCUCUGAGUCGGGCAUCCUGCUGGCCAUGGCGUUUGAUCGGUACGUUGCCAUCUGCAACCCCCUGAGAUACACCACCCUGCUCUCCAAGCCAGUGAUCGGGAAGAUCGGGCUGGCGGUUCUCACAAGGAGUGUCGGCAUCUCUUUUGCUUACAUCCUUCUCGUGACACGGCUGAAGUUCUGCAGAACCAACCUCCUGCCUCAAACCUAUUGCCAGGAAUGGGCCGUCGCUCAGCUGGCCUGCGACGACAUCGCAGACCAUUUCUGGUACGGCGUCGCUGUGGCUAUUUUAGCCGAUGGGUUGGACACCGCGCUCAUUGCUGCAUCUUACCUGCUGAUCCUCAGGGCCGUCUUCCGGCUCCCGUCCAGGGGCGCCCGGCUCAAGGCUCUGCGCACCUGCAACUCCCACAUCAGUGUCAUCCUGAUCUUCUACACAACCGCAUUUUUCUCCUACUACGCACACCAAUAUGUGCACAUCAUCCCGGGUUAUAUUCUCAACCUGCUGGCCCACAGCCAGUUGCUCCUUCCCCCCAUGCUAGACCCCAUCAUUUACGGGGUGACAUCAAAGGCGAUCCUGAAACACGCGAUCCACUUGUUUUAUCGAAGCUACAGACGAAUGUCCCUGAAGGGUUAA